AUGGUGCCAAAUGCUGCUUCUACUGCAUGGCCUCAUCACCUGUUCUCAUAUCGUGCAGAUAAAUAUACCAAAGAACUCAGAGUCCCUGAUAGUAUUGGGAGAUCACAGCACUCUCGGCUGACUUGGGAUGGAUAUUUUCAUAGGUGCUCACCUUCGCAGCUUCGGGACUCAUUGAGUGCUGGGAAUUAUUUCUAUAAUGUGACUGGCUGCCAGAUUAAUGGAACAGUCAUUUUAUCUCGAUUUAAUUCCACAUCGAGUUCUUUCUCAUCCGGGAUAGUCAGAGUCUAUUACAAUGGCUGGGGUAACAUCUGUAAUGAUGCUUACUUUAAUUAUGUUGACGCCGUUGUCAUAUGUCAUCAGUUAGGAUUUGAUUCAGAGAUUUCUUAUUAUGAUUCUACCUCUGGGCAGAACACAAUAUAUGGUACAGAUUAUCUACCUACAGUAUGGCAAGGCUUAGAUUGUGGCGGUUAUUAUCUCUCUGUGUCUCAGUGCUUCUAUUCCACUGAGAUUGAUCAUCAAUGCAGCUCCAAUAGUCAUGAUGUAAUAGUCCAAUGUUCUAGCACUAAGAUAUGGGAUAACCCAUUCCUUGGAAUGAUACGUCUACAGGGAGGGUAUUACUCUAAUGAAGGUCGUGUUGAGCUAUACUGUAAUGGACAAUGGGGAACAAUAUGUAACAAUGGGUUUGAUUCUACUGAUGCCAACACACUCUGCAGGCAACUAGGAUAUGAUACUUGUGUCUCGUAUACUUCCUCUUCUCGUUAUAAUCUGAGUCAGCCAGUGUGGAGUAAUGAUAUGUACAGUGUUUCAGGGACUGGUUGUUUUGGUGAUACUAAUGCUUGCCCACUUCAGUCAAUAUCUAACUGCUCGUCUCAAAUCAGUCUUAUAUGUGGUGAGAGUUCACUCUCUAUUAAAUAUGCUGCGACGAAAAGCGUUUGUUCUCAAGUUAUGCUGAAUA